GAGCGAUUGUAAUUGAUUGCGUUCUGCUUCAUCUGCGGAUGGCCAUGGUUCCUGGUCUGGUUGACAGAGGAUCAAGCCUGUCGAGGUUCCGCGCAUCACGGUUGUUGCACAGGACCGGAAGAACUGCGAAACGGCUCUCUGAUUCGCGAUGACGUCGGUGGUCAAACGGCUACCAGUCCCGCAGCCUUUACGGAUUGCAGCUCUCAAACGGACCCCGUCACCACCAUCUGCGCACGAGUGGCCAAACGCGACUUCGCAUGCGGCGACUCCUGCGUAACGUUCGUUGACACGUGCGCACAGACUUGCCCGUCCGCCGGUGAAGUCACGUCCGACGUCACCGAAGUUAGCAAGGAGGCGCAAUCUGCAUCGAUUUGCGACGCGGUUGACUCGAUGACGAGUGUCUGCAUGGCGGCAGAACAAGUCAGUCCGAUCGGUGACGACGAAGACGAAAUCGUCCCCUACGUACUACCGAAAAUGGAAGAAAAUCGCGCCAAAGAAUUGAACACCACCUACAAAUUGUGGGUAAAUCGGUUUGCACGAUUUUCAAAAUUCAACGACGGCAUCAUAGCAGACCCAGCGACCCUUUACUCCGGGCCUCCAGAAGUUUUGGCAAAACUGAUGGCUUCCAGGUGUAAGUCGCUGGGUACUGUGAUAAACCCGUUUUGCGGUUCCGGUGCGAUCGCGAUUCAACUGGUCAUGGUCUGCCGCAAAGUGACCCGGUCAAAAUCACGUUCGCCCGGAAUAAUGCUCGUGUGUACGGGGUCGAAAACCGAAUCGUCUUCCUGGUGGGUGACUUCUUUGUCAAUGCCCACUCGCUGCAUAGGGCAGACGGCAUCGUCAUGUCACCACCAGUGAACAUGACUAAAGAGGAAAUAGUGAAGUUAACCAAAUUGGCAAGUAGGGUGGCGCCGAAAGUUCUAAUGAGGUUAA